AUGUGGAGCACCCAGCUUCCGUUCCGCCCUCCACGUCCCAGGCCAUUCUUCGACUUACCGUGGGACGUUCGAGAACAGAUCUACAGUUACAUCGAGCUUGACGCGCUCCCGCCGUUGUCAAACGGUACCGAAUAUGCUGGCUUUGUUCUCUCGUGCAAGCUCGCCGCCGAGGAGCUCUCCUACGUCGCAAGCGUAAAUUAUGGCAAAUACCUCGACUACUUCGAGCGACUUUCGAGAAAAAUGCUAGGUUACGAGAUCAAAGUCGCUCAACCGGAGCAGGCAUCAGCUAUCAAAAAUCCCCCUUUUGCGCACCUCACUCGACUCAAGGUCGAAAUACGACUGAAAAGUUGCGCCGCCUUGAGCGACGAUGAACUGGAAACAGCACCAUGGUGUGACACGUUCCACCCACUUUUCGGACUUUUUCUAGAGAGUCUACAAAUCCACUUUGCUGCGCCAACCCUUCCGAAUUUGAGAAUAUACAGGUCCGACGUCGGCAACAUGUAUGACAUAGUCAGCCGUGUAUUCGAUCUCAUCGAGAUUAUGAAUUCACAAGUACGAGACCCAGAACGCCCUACCUUCUUCAGUGGUCGACCAGAUCGACACGAACGAAAAGUCACCCGAUUCCUCAAGGCCUUUGAGAGGCAAGUCAGUGGCUUCACACGAACGAAGCGCGUGAGCACAAAGGCCAUCUGCCUUUCUUGGGAUUGUCGAAAAGUUUCUCGGAUUGGAUCCCCGGCCAAGAUGAUGGGGCCUGUGUGGUCGCAUAACUUGCGCCUUCGUGACUUUCCGGGAGAGGACAAGCAGACAUACUUCCGUGUACACGAUGUAAAGGGCUACGCAGGAGAGAUGUGGAUUGCGAGUUCUAGACGUUGGGCUCCCACAUCAGUCAGUCUUCCUUGGCUUCUUUAUAACAGAACCUGCAAGAUUGUUUUACUGCAGAUGAAGGACCUGGACUUCGGCGAAGCAGCACAGAUCUUGAGCAAAGUGGAAAUAUGA